ACUCUCGCGCCCAAUCCAUCGACUUCAAGCCACCGGCGAUCAACAACCAGUCCAAGACUCUCCAUAAACCGUCAAUAUGGUUCUCGCAGUUGACCUUCUCAACCCCUCCCCGGCCGCUGAGGCCCGCAAGCACAAGCUCAAGACCCUCGUGCCCACCCCCCGCUCCUUCUUCAUGGACGUCAAGUGCCCCGGAUGCUUCACCAUCACCACCGUCUUCUCGCACGCCAACACAGUCGUCGUCUGCCAGGGCUGCUCGCAGGUCCUGUGCCAGCCCACUGGUGGCAAGGCGCGGUUGACCGAGGGCUGCUCUUUCCGAAGGAAGUAAGCGACUCGUUGUAGUGACAGCGGGGAUUGAUGGGUUACGAUGACGACUAUCAUGGCAUAGGGUGUAGAUCUCAUUGGCGCCGCUCGGCUCGACCGCAGGAUAGAAGAGGGAUCUUUCGACUCGAGUCAAUACAAAAGUCAACAAAAACGGGAGUUCCGGAUAUCUCAGCGCUCAUGGACCACCCUUUUCCCUCG